UGCGCAAAUACAGCCGAAAGAGCCAACCCUAGGCAUGCUCGUCUGACUGUGCCGACCUGUGCCCGUCAUGCUGACAGGUACAGUAGGGUGUCGUCCUCGUGGCGGUAAUAAUGGUUAGAAAACAUGGUACGGCUCAUAUGCACGCGAGACCGGAUGAGCUAGCUCAUGUGCCGAUCCACCCUCGCCCCGUAGUUGUUCAUCUGGCUUUUUUGACUUCCGAAUACUGCGGUACGGUAAGCAGCCAGCCCAGACUUCGCUCUCGCCCGCUCUCGUCUCGCUUGUUAACUUUCGCAACUGGUCCGAAACCCACGUAUAUCUGCCGAAUGUACGGGUGAUAUGCUCGCC